AUGCUCCAGGAGAAGGGCCUGUCUGAAACGGAAGAAGGGUUUCCAGCAGCCCAGGCACCUGGUCAUGCCGAAUCUACCGCGGGCUCCCCGGUUCUUGGAGUGGCAGGAAUCGGCAGCACUCCGCUGAGCAGUCCGCAGGGCCAGGAUCCGGAGCAGACAAUAGAAAACAUCAAAGUCUAUCUCCACGAGAAGGAACUAUGGAAGAAGUUUCAUGAAGCUGGCACCGAAAUGAUAAUAACCAAAGCAGGCAGGAGGAUGUUUCCUAGCUACAAAAUUAAGGUAACCGGGAUGAACCCCAAGACCAAGUACAUCUUGUUGAUUGACAUUGUCCCAGCUGAUGAUCACCGAUACAAAUUUUGUGACAACAAAUGGAUGGUGGCUGGGAAAGCGGAGCCCGCGAUGCCUGGGCGGUUAUAUGUUCAUCCGGACUCGCCCGCCACCGGCGCUCACUGGAUGCGGCAGCUGGUGUCGUUUCAGAAGCUAAAGCUCACUAACAAUCACCUCGAUCCGUUCGGACACAUUAUUCUUAAUUCAAUGCAUAAAUACCAGCCGAGACUGCACAUUGUGAAAGCAGAUGAAAACAACGCCUUUGGGUCCAAGAACACAGCGUUCUGCACACAUGUGUUUCCAGAGACAUCCUUUAUAUCGGUGACCUCCUAUCAGAAUCACAAGAUAACCCAGCUGAAAAUUGAAAACAACCCAUUUGCCAAGGGAUUCAGGGGAAGCGAUGACAGCGAUUUGCGUGUGGCACGGCUACAAAGCAAAGAAUAUCCAGUGAUUUCCAAAAGCAUCAUGAGGCAGAGGUUGGUUUCCACUCAUGGCCAGCUUUCAACAAAAACAGAUGUCAACCCACUCCAUGGGAAUCACCAGACCCUUCAGCAUUAUCAGUAUGAGAAUGGUGCUCAUAUGCCGUUUGCUGCUUCCGAUACUCAAGAUCUACCACUCAACACCUUCACAGCACAGAGAGAUUCAGGGCUCUUUUAUCACUGCCUGAAAAGAAGAGAAAGUGCUCGGCAUUUAGACCUGCCCUGCAAACGCUCCUAUCUGGAAGCCUCCUCAGCUGUAGGAGAAGAUCAUUAUUUUCGUUCGCCACCUCCAUAUGACCAGCAAAUGUUAAGUCCUUCCUAUUGCAGUGAGGUGACACCUAGGGAAGCUUGUAUGUACUCAGGUUCUGGGGCUGAAAUCGCAGGUGUCUCAACAGUCGAUGACUUGCCGCCUCCUCCCCCUCCCCCUUUGAGCUGCAAUAUGUGGACUUCUGUUGCACCUUACACCAGCUACAGCGUUCAGACAAUGGAAACUGUGCCUUAUCAGCCUUUCCCUGCUCAUUUUACAACCACCACCAUGAUGCCAAGACUCCCCUCUAUCACAAGUCAAAGCUCACAACCACCAGGUAAUAGCCCCUUCAGUGUCUACAAUCAACUGUCCCAGUCUCAGGUUCGGGAGCGAGUUCCUCCUUCAUCCUUCCCGAGGGAAAGAGUGCACCCAUCUGUUUGCGAGAGGAAGCCCCCAUCUCCGCACUUAAACACAGCAAACGAAUUUCUGUACUCACAAAGCUUUUCACUCUCGAGGGAAUCUUCAUUACCAUACCAUUCAGGAAUGGGGACUGUGGAAAACUGGACUGAUGGAUGAUUCUACUAUCUAAGUAACAAAACAGCUAGUUUUACUGCUCCUGAACAAUGUUACUUCAGUGUUAAUUCCUGUGGGUAACUUGCACUUCAGUGAAACCUACACACAUGCACAUUUCCAAAGGGGGUGUGUGUGUAUGAGGCGUUUGUAUCUUUACCCAUAGACAAUUCUGUACAAAGUAACUCUUGACUCAAUGGCCUGGAUUCACCAAUCUCUUCUAAAUUAAUUCAGUCCUACUAGCCCUCUAAGGACUGUCCGAAUGACUAAAAUGUGACGUGGCUGGUCCUUUUCCUUUGUUUAAAACAGCAGAUUUUGGGGGAAAUUAUUACCCUUAGUUUAUGGGGCUUAUAACACUUAAAGACAAAACCAUCAAUUGUAAUCCAAUGUCUGCAAGUCAUAGCUCUUUUCAUCUAGGACUGUUUCUAUCCUCAGCAGUGGAUAAGCAUUAUUAGCCCCUUAUAGCUGGGGAAGCAGAAUCUCAGUGAAGUGACUUGCCCUGAGGCUGCAUACGUAAGAAGCCAAUUGGAGAACUAGGAACAGAACCCAUGUCAUCGGCUUCUUGGUUCUGUUUCUCCCAGACACUGCACCAUAAUGGCUUGAGAUUUGUCCAGUCUAGUUUUAAAUGGCUUUAGAAAUGGGGUUUCCACCAUUCCCACUAUUUCACAGUGUAAUAGCCUCUAAAUAGGUGGGGAGGGAUAGCUCAGUGGUUUGAGCAUUGGCCUGCUAAACCCAGGGUUGGGAGUUCAAUCCUUGAGGGAUCUGGGGAUUGGUCCUGCUUUGAG